GCAAAUUAUCGUUCCUGAAUAGGUGGCGCCGUGGUAGCGGAUCCUGUUCCUCUUCUUCCGGUUUCUGCACUGUGCAACUAUUUCAGUUAUAUUUUUAAUUAACGAUGCCAAGUACUUGUUGUUGUGUACCUGGAUGUCAUUUAAGAGGAGGACAUGCAUUUCCAAAUGACUUAAAAAGAAGGAAAAGUUGGAUCAACGCCAUGGCCCAUACGCAGAUUGGACGAGAACACGAUGAUAUCAUGGAGUCCAUCUCAAUCAGCUGUUGUUUGCAAGGCACGUUUUACUGAAAAAUACUACGUGCAGGAAACUAUUCAUGGGCGCAAACCCACCAUACAGAGACUUAAGUCUACUGCAAUUCCCAGCCUAUUUUCCUGGACCAAGCAAGAGACUGAAUCGUCCGCAAAAAGAAAAAUCAGGGCAGUUUCCUGUGAAAACAAAAGAACUAAACUUGAUGAAUAUUGUAGUAGAAAUCUAGAGGAAAGUUUUGAUUGUAAAGUUGGUUUUCCUGAAGAAGUCAUUCAUACUGCAGAAAGGAUUUAUGACUGUCCACCACCAACUGCCGAGCUAAUGUUGAGCUUCACAGAUGGAAUUACGCAAACACCAUCAAUGCCUAUGUUUUUAACAGAAUUUUGAAAUGAAGACACGUGACACAGCCAUGCAUUUUUAUACCGGUUUAGAGUUGUAUACUAAAUUUUUAUUUGUUUUGACCACACUUGGUCCAGCAGCACAUUGUUUGAGAUACAUAUAUUUUCAAAUUGAUAGGGUGUCAGUUGAAAAUCAGUUUUUUUAUGACUUUGAUGAAAUUGAGGCAUCAUACAACCAACUUUGAACUGUCUAGAUUCUAGAUUGAAUCUAGUGUUAAGAAUAUUGUGUAUACAUGGAUUGUUUUUAUGUCUAAACAGUGGUGUGAGGCUAACACUUGGCCAUCUAGUGGUUUAGUCAGGUAUUUUUCACCAUCCAACUUCAAAUUAAAGUUUCCUACGACUUGGAUUAUUAUUGACAGCACAGAAUAUCCCGUGAUAAAACCUAAAGCUCCUAGAGCUCAGGCAACCUUUUCAUCAAAUAAUAACAGAAACACUGAAAAUUCUUGAAUGUUCGACACCUGGUGGUUUAGUCAACUAUGUCUCUAUGUCACAUAGAGCGAAUUAUUGGACUUGGCAAAACAUACAAAAUUCUAAUAAAUCCUAUGAAUGGAACUGAAACAAAACUUUCAUCUGAAAUAACAUUUAGUUGUUUUAUGUUGUGUAAUUUGGACUUGGCAAAACAUACAAAAUUCUAAUAAAUCCUAUGAAUGGAACUGAAACAAAACUUUCAUCUGAAAUAACAUUUAGUUGUUUUAUGUUGUGUAAUUUUAGAACUUGUAUUGUGCCAAAGGAUGCAUAAAUAAAAGUGACGCAAUGAA